UACAAUUUCCUAUACCGAACUUGGACAUUGUCUUCUAGCUCAAAAAAAUGACAAGAACUUGAGACCCAUUAAUCAGCGACGAGUUUUUCAGACUCGGAACUCGGACCGAGUCAAAUGUCAUCGGAACUCAAACCCUUAUCGCCUUCAGAAUGGGAAAAUCUAAUCGACGACUACAACCACGGCGGUGCGCGGCUUCUCCGCUGGACAUCCACCAACUACGCCGCCGUUCCUCUCUUUAACCUCACACUUUCCUCAAUCCUCCGCAAAGACCUCCCUCACAAUCUCAAACUCCAACUCCUCAUCUUCCUCGAAGAACAACGAUACAACAACAAAAACGACACCGUUUCAUCCACUUUCCUUAACCGUCUCCUCGAAACUCUAAGAUCAGUCAUCCAAUCACCAAACGACGGCGUUUCAACUUCAUUCGCGCUCAAAGAACAGUUUCUCAUCUCGUCCACUUCGAUUUUCAUCAAUUCCGUUAGUUUCCCGUUAAAUUCUGUUAAUUCGAAUUUUAUUACUCCGUUUGAAAGCUUAAUUGAGCUUCUGUUGACUAUUAUCAACCGGCCGAAUCAUAGCGUUGACCGACAAACCCGGUCGAUCGCCUGCGAAUGCUUACGUGAGUUAGAAAUUGCUUUUCCUUGUUUACUUUGUGAAAUUGGAUCACAUCUAUGGAGUUUGUGCCAAAGUGAACGUACUCAUGCUGGCCAAAGCUAUGUAUUAUUGUUAGUUACUGUUGUUUAUAACAUCGUGCAAUUAAAACCUCAUGUAUCAUUUAGUAAUUCUUCGAGUACGUUGGUUCCGUUUAGUGUACCGAGGUUUUUAGUAGAUGAAAAUUGUAAAGAUGCGGUUUUUGUAGGGGGGGAGUUGUCAGAUUUGAGUAAUAGGGAGUUAAGGAGAGUGAUCUCAUUUUUGUUUGAAUGGCCACAAAAUUUGACUCCUUGGGGUCUUUUGGAGUUUAUGGAUAAGACAUUGCCAGUUGCUGCAGCUUUAGAUUUGCAGGGGUCUUUGUUGAAGGUUCAGUUUUCAGGGUUGCUUUAUACGUACGAUCCUUUGUUAUGGCAUGCUUAUUUAGUCAUGUAUUUAAGCUUUAUGGACUCCUUCGAAGGGCAAGAGUUGGAAAUCGCGAGUCGACUCUUGUUGUUAUCGAAAGAAUCUCAGCAUCAUUUGUUUUUCCGGUUGCUGGUGCUGCAUUGGUUAGUUGGAUUGAUACGGUUGGUAUUGAAGAGGGAUGUGGAGAAAAGGAAGAAUGUCGUUGAUAUGAGCUUGAGCUUUUAUCCGUCAGUGUUUGAUCCGCUUGCUUUGAAAUCAUUGAAGCUUGACUUGCUUGCCUAUUGCUCUGCUUUGAUGGAUAAUGAAAAAGGAGUAGUGAGUGCAAAGGGAAGUUCGGGAAUGACUAAGGAGAAGUUACUUGAAGACGGCCUUGUUUGUGUAUCAGCUUUUAAAUGGUUGCCUCCUUGGAGUAUGGAAACUUCUGUGGCAUUUCGUGCUAUCUAUAAGUUUUUGAUUGAGCAGUCUCACUCAGACAAUGAUUCUAUCUCCAAUAAAAUCCUUGUGGAUCCAACAAUCUUCCACACUGUGCAGAGAACACUUAUAGACUCUUUGUCUGAAUAUAGAGGAUUGGUUCCUGUCAUUGUUGGUUUUACUGACCGCUUAUUGACAUGUCACAAGCACCGGUGGUUGGGGGAACGCCUACUUAAGACAUUUGAUGACCACUUGCUUCCAAAACUCAAGAUAGAUUACAAAUUGGUAUCUUACUUCUCUAUAUUGGAAAGGAUUGCUGAGAGUGAUAAAGUUUCUCCUAGUGGGUUAAUGGAGAUCCUUACCAAGUUCAUGGUAUUUCUUGUCGAAAAACAUGGUCCAGAUACAGGAUUAAGGUCUUGGGGUCACGGGAGUAAAGUUCUUGGAAUUUGUCGAACUAUGAUCCUGCAUCAACAUAGUUCCAAAUUAUUUGUUGGGUUAUCUCGUCUUUUAUCAUUCACUUGUCUCUAUUUCCCAGAUCUGGAGGUUCGUGACAAUGCCAGAAUUUACCUGCGGAUGCUGAUUUGUGUUCCUGGGAAAAAGCUAAGAGACAUUCUAAACAGUGGGGACCAGCUUCCUGGAAUUUCUCCAUCUACUCAUUCCAGCUCUUUCUUUAGUGUUCAGUCUCCUAGAAUUUCUCACGACCCUAAGAAAUCUAGGAGUAUUUCAUCCUGCAUGCAUCUUGAGCGCGUGGUGCCAUUGUUGGUUAAACAAUCUUGGUCUUUGUCCCUGUCAACUCUGGGACUUGAUGCCAAGAAACCUAGUUAUAUAGAACCCAUCAAGGACAAUGUGUCCCCAAGUGAGCAAAGUGAGUUUGACAAAAUUACUGAUGUUACAGUGAUCUCUGAAGCCAAUAGGUACAAUCAGCCUCCGGAGCCAUUACGUGUUAUGGAUUCAAAGAUUUCACAGAUUGUUGAAAUCUUGAGGAAGCAUUUUUCAUUUAUUCCCGACUUAAGACUCAUGCCAGGUUUCAAGAUUAAAAUACCUUGUGCUUUAAGGUUUGAGUCAGAGCCUUUCAGUCGCAUUUGGGGAAUCAAUAUGCCAGCAAAUGGAGUUGACACCCUUCCUGCCUUAUAUGCAACUGUGCUCAAGUUCUCUUCUGCUGCGCCAUACGGCUCUAUUCCAUCAUGCCACAUUCCUUUUCUUCUAGGUCAGCCCCCCAAAAGUUUCUAUUCGUUUAACCAGACAAAUUCCCUUGAUAUUAUCCCUGUGGAGAAUGUAUCUGAAACUUCUGGAGAUGACAAAAGCUUCAAAGCUCCUGUUCUGAUUGAAUUGGAACCGCAGGAUCCAGUACCUGGUCUUGUUGAUGUUUUCAUUGAAACGAAUGCGGACAAUGGUCAGAUCAUUAGAGGACAGCUGCAUAACAUUACAGUAGGAAUUGAAGAUAUGUUUCUCAAAGCUAUUGCUCCAGAAGACAUGCCUGAAGAUGCAGUAUGUCGAUAUUAUGUGGAUCUGUUUAAUGCCUUGUGGGAAGCAUGUGGUGCAUCAACCAGCACUGGGCGGGAGACAUUUGUACUUAAAGGAGGCAAAGGGGUUGCAGCAAUCAGUGGUACUCGCUCUGUGAAGCUAUUGGAGGUUCCUGUGGCAUCUUUGAUCCAAGCCGUAGAGCGAUCCUUGGCACCUUUUGUUGUAUGUGUAACCGGUGAUCCCCUAACUAGCCUCGUGAAGGAGGGAGGAGUUAUAAGGGAUGUUGAGUGGAAUGAGGUGACUUUGGGUACCUCUUCUACUGAUGAUACCAUCUCAGAAUCUAGUAUAGUUGGGGGGCCACUUUACCUCAAGUACAAGGAUGAUGAAGAUGAGGGAGGGGGUUAUGUCCAAAUUAGUAAGAAAAACCUUGGAUCCAUUCAGAUCUUAAUAUUCCUUCCACCAAGAUUUCAUCUCCUUUUCCAGAUGGAAGUUUCUGAUACUUCUACAUUAGUCCGAAUUAGAACGGAUCACUGGCCAUGCCUUGCUUAUGUUGAUGACUAUUUGGAAGCUUUAUUUUGCUAAAGCAAUUUGUUCUUAUCCUUUUCACUCUCCUUAUUUCAUUGACAGUCGCAUUCUUUUUUCCCAUAGUUCACCUGUGGGCUUGUGAUAUUUACCCAAUAAUAGGUCUGUUGUAAAUGCUUCUCGCAAGAAACUUCCUGGUAAGACUGUAAAGAUUGUAAACGACUUGUAUAAUGUUUCUGAUGAGAGCUGGAAUGUUGCAACUUCUUUUC